GCAACACGUCAAAGUACUCCACCAGUAAGGAAUUCCGAGUCUCUCGCAAUACCGGCACUCAAGGCCCGCUGCUUCAACAAUCUCGAGCAUGUCGUUGAUGCAAAGAUACCCUCCCUCCACCCUCUCGGCCCACAACGGCGCGCCGAUCCCUUUAAACUCGGCACCGCCCUACGAAUAUGUCCUGCAGAAUCAUCCAGCUCAACGUUGCAAACAGCCGGUUACUCGGCAGAGACUUCCAUCGGCAUGCCUCCUCCUGCCUACGUCAACACUCGAGCUCAAUCGCCAUACUUCAUCCGCGCGGCAUAUUGCUCCCAUUUGCGCACUCAUUCGACCUCAAAUCUGCUCACGUCGGCACCAUCUACUCCACCACACCCUCCACGGAACCCACGCAGAAGCGGUAUAUAUACCUGGUGCAGCCACCCUUCGACAGCGUCUUGGCGCUCUUCCCGCACCAUGGCCCAAGACCUCCGUUAUCAAUCCCUGGGCUCGUAGGGACAGGCCCCCGGUAACCAGUCACGAGCUGCUCACCUACUCCGUACACAUUCUCGUCCCCUCCCCCCUUUUCAAUCUCUCUUCCGCUGGACCCCCACAUUUCCAUCUAUUUGGGACGGCCAUCCACACUACCUGCGGCACAGCGGUCUGCUAUCCAAUUCGUCCUCCAUUGAAAUCUCUUCUACAGAAGUCAGCAACACGCUUUGAAGACAGAGGUACUCGUCCUCAGUUCAAGUAACCGAUCCUGGCGACGGCACCGCGAUCAACGGAUGAGCUUCGGAUAUUACGUUGUCGUCUCAACAUCGCUCCAUGCAAGGCCCGGGAAUUAGUAAAGCGGUAAGUCAAACCAAACAGGACUCUUAUCACGAUUCGCAGUCACUGCACAGAACGAGGCAGGCACGGAGAAGAUUGUUUGAACAGAUAUACAUUGCAAAGCUUGAAAGACGCCCAGCUG